UAUUAGUUACUCGAACAGAUUGAAAUGAUGGAAGUUUGUUCCCGCCAAAUGAAACGUCAAAGUCAAAUUUAGUCGAUUUGUUUUGAGGUUGUUCAUGUAUUUUGUGCAAGUUAAAAUAGUUUAAUAAUUACGGAUUAAAUCACAUGCGAUUAAUUUAGAUAAAAAUGAAAAUAGAUAGUAGACCCCUAAGAUAUGCUCAUGCAGAGGGUUAUACGGAUGUUUGCUACACUGAAGACGGACAGCAUAUAAUUACUUGCGGCAAUGACGGAGAUGUUCGAAUAUGGGUUGACAUAAAAGACGACGAUCGUAACUCCCAUUGCGUUGGAGAGAGCGCGACAGCGGUGUGUUUUAAAGACAAGAGGCUGUAUGUGGCUACUGAUAAUCAUGCUGUACAAGCUUACACAUUCCCGGCUUUCGACAAAGACGGUAUUGUCACUAGAUUUACUGCAUCGGUAACACAAAUUAUGACAAGCACUAAAAGUCGCAUGGAUUUUGAGCCAUCUGAGGGCAGGUACCUGGCUUACCCCAACAACAGGGAAGUGACCUUAUUGGAGUAUGAGACUUGGGGACAAAGGAUGACAUUCACACACAGCUCAAUAAAAUGUGCAAUAUCCCAAUGUCGCUUUUCACCAUGUGGUCAAUAUUUGGCGGCAAGCACCAUAGCCGGGCAGAUAGCGGUGUGGGAAGUACAGUCCGGUACUUGCACGGGCAUCAUCGAGCAUCCCACAUCACAUAAUGUUACAGCGAUAGCAUGGAACCCUAAAGGAAAUGGUGUGUUGGCGUAUUGCGAUGUGUCCGGGCAGCUGGGUGCACUGAUGAAUUGCUAUGGCAAGGACAGCAAGGCUGAUGCUGAUGCGCCUGACGAUGUUGAAAUGGUGGAGAGAGCUGAUGAUGGUAAUGACUUGGACAAUUUGAUCGAAAACUAUAACAGUGACGACGAUGACAACGCGAUAUCGCUAGAGAAGCUCAAGAAUGAAACGCUAGGGUUGGGGACAGUGAGAGACGAAGACGAGUCAAGACCCGUGUCGCGGCACGAGCCGGCGGCGACCACGGUGCCGCCGCAGGCGCCGUUCCAGCUUUCUGCGACCCCGGGACACCUUGAACAUAGAUACAUGUGCUGGAACGACAUCGGCAUAGUCCGAUGCCACACGCAGGAGAACGGCGAGUCGACCAUUGACGUAGAGUUCCACGACACCAACCUCCACCACGGGAUCAAUCUCAACAACUACCUGAAUCACACCAUGGCCAGCCUGUCUGCGAGCGUGCUGGUGUUGGCCUGUGAAACGUCUAGCAAACUAGUAUGCAUAUCGCUGGUCGGCAGCAGCAAGGAGUGGAGCGUUUCCAUGCCCGAUACCGAGGAGAUCCUGUGCGUCACGGCGGGCAGCGACGUCGUCGCGUGUGCGACUAACGCGAGGUUGCUGCGGCUGUUCACGCCAAUGGGCACGCAGAGACAGGUCUGAUGAUGCUUCGACUUCAAGGGUAAAAACGAAUAAAACCACAGAUUGUAUACGAGGAACACCGCCAAAAUAUGGCUACAGCAACAUAGAAAUGACUCCACGAAAAAAAAAACUUGUAAAAAAGUUGCAGCGAACACAGUGUUUGUUAUCAUCACUCUCAAAAACAUCCGUCGAUUUGGACAAAUUAGAUUCCGAUUUUCUGAAAAAUGUUGUAUCAGACUCUCUGAAAAAUCAAGCCCGGAAACCUAGAGGCAAGCGAUGGAAUUUAAUUAACAAAAUUUCUGCUGUACUUUCAUAAAGUAUCUUCUGUAAUGCUAGAUCCAAAACAAAAACAUAAAAUGAAAGUGAAAUAUGCCGCUCAAACUCUAAGUAAUACUUUCGCAGCUAUUCUAAAGAUGAUUGCAGAAAAAUAUGAAGACACAGAGUACGGAAAAGAAGUGGCACAAACAUCCGAGGUAGUACGGGACCUUAAUAAUUUAUUUGAUUCUACUAAUGGCCCAUCAAACCCAAAAGAUGUAAUAAAGGGACGAAGACAAAAUGUGUCUCGUAAAACCAAUCACAUAGAAAUCUGGAAUAGUUUUUUGAAAAAGCUGAAGUCAAUGGAGUUCAUGAAAUCAGAUAGCAGGUUAAGAUUAAAAAGAGUCAGAUGCGUGGAAGGUUAUAUUGUAACCAUAAAUUCGCUUAAAGAUAUCUGGUGUUAUUGUAAGGAUCAAGGAUUUAACUAUUUGAAUUUACGCUCACUGAAUCAAGACGCUCUUGAAAACCUAUUCGGACUUAUACGACAGAAUAGCCCUACAAAUCGAAAUCCUACCUGCACACAUUUUGUAAGUGCAUUGAAAUCAAUUCAUAUUUCUGGAAUGAAUGCACCACAUAACCGAGGAUCUAAUUGCGAAGAAGAUUUGAACAAGUUAUUGCUUGUCAAUCCAUUAUGCCAACAUGAUGUUGAUGGUGAUGAGAAACUCACAUCAAUGACUACCAAUGAAGAAGAAGAAUAUCCUGUUUUAAUGAUACCUGAAAAUGAAUUAGAGGAGCAAAUUGAAACAGAUUUAACAGACAUAGAAAAUCAACCUAUUGUAUAUUUAAGCGGUUACAUAGCUUAUAGACUGUUGAAGAACGUAAGCUGUCAAAUGUGUUCUAAUUUGCUGAAACUGGAAGAUGUUACAGAUCACCCAAUGUAUAAAUUUAUAAGCUUGCGGGAGUGGUGGCAAGAAAAGAAAUCAUUAACGUACCCAUCUAUCCAGCUGUGUCGUACAAUUGAGGAAGCGAAAAACUAUUUUGAAAAAAAUAGUCAUUUAUUAUAUGAAGAAAAUGUCGGGCAAAUGUUUUGCACACUCUUUGCGGCAAACAUUAACAUAACCUGGUGGACAUGUAAGGAACAUGAGGAUUUCAUGAAAAAACAAUUAUUUUGGCUUGUGACCAAAAUCUUAAUUAGAAGACAGUGCCAAAUAUUACAUUCGGAUAUUAUUAAAACAGAAGAAAUUUCUGCGAACGCUGCAAAGAUAGCUCAACUAAGAAGCGCUGCAAAAUAAUAUAUGUAAUAACGAGUAUGCAAUAUCAAUUCCACGCGGACGAAGUCGCGGGCAACACCGCGACUUCGUCCGCGUGGAAUCUUAUCUUCAACAUUUUACAUCUUUAGUACCUAUAAUUUUCAUAUCCAAGCAAUGUUGACAUUUUUUAGCAAGUUGUAUGAAGUUUUAAGUCAAGUGGAUUUUGAUGUUGGUUGCUGAAAUUACUUUUCUUGUAUUCUCAUAAUAGGUACCUAUACAAAGAUUCAAGUUCCGCAUUCCGCACUCACUAAAUAUCUGAUCUCCAUACAAACUUUCAACCCCUUUUUCACCACCUUAGGGGAUGAAUUUUCAUAAAUGCUGAAAUGAGUUUUCUUGUAUUUUAAUUUAAAACGUUUUUACAAAGUUUCAAGUUCCUUGCUUAAAAUAAAAUUUGCACCCGCAGACAAACUUCCAUCCCCUUUUUAACCUCCUUAGGGGUUGAAAUUCCAAAAACGUUGCAAUCACUUUUUUUUGCAAUCGGCUAUUAUGCCUUUCUAAGAAGUUUCAAAACCAUUUGUAAUGGAUUCAAACUUUCAACCCCUUUUUAACCCUGUUAGGGGAUGAAUUUUACAAAACGCUGAAAUUACUUUUCCUGUCUUCUAAUAAUAUCCCUAAAUACAAAGAUUCAAGUCCAACACUCGAAAAAAUGUUUGAUAUCCAUACAAACUUUCAACCCCUUUUUCAUCACUUUAGAGGUUGAAUUUUCAAAAACGCUGGAAUUAGUUUUCUUGUAUUUAAAUAAUAUAUCUUUUAACGAAGUUUCAAAUUCGUAGCUCAAAAGAAAACUUUAACCCCAUACAAAUUUUACGUUCAUAACAUAAGCGUAUUGUAAUAAUAAACUAUCUGUAUCAUAUCUUUAAUAUGUUAAAUAAAAUUAUUUUUAUA